UUUUAUUCAGGAAAGGAGCCGUGUGUUCGGAGAGCAGUGUAAAUGGCUCCUUUAUCACUGGACGAGUCUUAGUGUUUCAGGUUUAUUUAUGGUUUUUAAAUUGUUUUUUAAUCAUGGUCUUCUGUAUAUAGCAGUCGUGUCGCCCGCAAAGUGAAUACGAGCUGAAGGAGUAGUGUGACUCACGAUGCCUCAUGAGAAAGCUCAUCUCUCUUCCCUGACUGGCGCUGUCACUGUGGACCACAGGAAAGCUCUGACAAUCACUCCGAGGGGAAAGCUCGACACCUGUCAUAUUGGAAAUCCACUGAAAAUCCAGAAGAGAAAAGGAAUCUUUGAUGAAUAUGCCGAUGCAGACAUGGCAAGACGUGGCAAAAAGUGCCCCAAGAUCCACUGGACACAGCUGGCACCCAAUGGAGCGCCAAAUGAGUCAGCUCUUUGCCAUAAUGGGAGACAAAGUGAUGAACGUAGCCAGAAUGUUUCAGCCAUGUUGGACAUUAAGAGGCGACAGGUGAAAGUGAUCUUGACAGACGUUCUCCAGACUAAAGAGGGGCGGAAAUACCUGAGCAGGUAUGAGAGUUACACCAAUGUAAAGACACAGUCACUGCUUAAAAGAGGAACGAGGGAAAGGCGGGGUGAGAGAGGACACUCAGCAGAGUGUAGCACAGUCAGAAAGAGAGCUAAUGUACCUUGCAAGGACCAAACUAAGUUAUCACCUCUCAAACUCACCAGCUGUACAUCCUCUAAAUCGAAUGACUCUGUACAUACUGAGGAAAAUGAUAUGACCCUUUCCAAAGAAGUACAAUCUCCAGCAGCCAAAAAAAGAUUCAACAGUUCACUGGAGCAACCAGAACAUUCUGCAUCUGAUGAGGAAGGAUCCUGCUCGCUUCAAGACAGUGUCUCUUCACCAAGUCAUAACCUGUUACCUGAACACUCAGAAUCACCCGAUGCUGCGGAGAGUGAGUUAUGUCCAGUUGAGGAAAGUGACUCUCCGAGGCCGUGUGUCAGUCCUCUUCAUUUUGAGAUCUCCAAAAGCUUAAUCACAGCCACACGCACUCUGUCAAAAGCUAAGCGUCCUAGUGGCUUUUACAGAGCGGAACACCAGGACUCAGGACGUGAAGCCAUUCCCAGUCAGCAGAAUACCAGCAAGACUGACGCGCAAGAGUGUGCAGAAGUUAUGGAAGAAAAAGAGGAGGAGAUUGAACAGGGGAGUAAGGAGGCGGAACAGCCUCUGCACCAGAAUGGAGAAGUGGUAGAUGAAGGGGGCGGAGCCAGGCGCAGCGUCCUUUGCCUGUCCACAGGUGCAGCUGAGGUCCAGUUGGCUGAUGAAGAACAACCCAGAUCCGGUCAAAUGGCAGGUUCUACAGAUAACCGGCUCCUUGAUUCAGAGUUUGUGGAAGUCAGACAGGCCUCUAAACCACAAACUACUGAACCAAUUGUUCUUUCCAGUGAGGAGGAGGAGGAGGAUGAGGAGGUUGGUGGGACAUCGCAUGUCCAAGCACUAGAAGGAGCCAAAGAUCCACACAGGCUGCAAAGUCCUAUACAGGCCAUGGAGAGAAAAAAAAAUCCAGAUGCACACAUUCAUCCCUCGGAUUUGAACAGCCAGGAUUCCAGCUUUGAGGUGUCUGCUUUAAGUGGCUGUCCGAUAAUGGAGCUUCAAUUCUGCGCCCUCUACGUGGGAAGCUUCAGUGCUCUGACUAAUGGGCUUGUAAAGAUCACAGAUGAUAAGAUCACCAUUUCAUUUAUAGAUCCUUCAGUUUCUGAGGUAAAAGCUUCCUUGCCAACAGCACAUGUGCGCAAGUACAGUGUGUGGGAUGGGCAUUUGGUGCGGGAUAGUCGUUUAGCUAAAGAAAAUGAAGUGCCACCUUCAUCUGUCCUGGUCUUAUGGCUGGCUGAAGUCCAAGCACGACGCCUGUCCAGCGACUUGUUUGAUGUUCAGCCAGGGACGCGUCCAGCUGAGGGUAGCACGUGUGUGUUGCUGUGUGUGUGUGAACCCUUGAAUGGAGUCCAGGGUGCUCUGCUUGCCUCUAUAAUGGACAUCGUAGGUCUCAGACAUGGAAAUACUGAGCUUCUGUCCCCGCUGACACACCCUGACAGUCUGAAGAUUCUGCAGAACAGCCGAGACUCACACAUGCUCCAGCUGCUGCUUCCCAGGGCAGAGACGCUUUCGGUGUCGGGCGAGUCUGGGACUGCGCCAGCAUCAGCACCAGCAAGCACAACUACAGCCUCAGCUAAGGCCCAGGACUCAGAAGUUCAGCCAGACUCCAGAGUCUACACAUUAUGUCAAAGCAGAGGUCCGAGUGCUUACAGUGUGUCCUUGGCACAUAAACCUGGAACAGACUGGACUCCAUACCGGCACCGUGGUCCUGCCCGCAGGUUGAUCCAGUUUCCUCCACCACCCUCAAAAGGAGCCUUAACUGUGACAACUGAGGACCUGGAGUGCUUAGACAGCGGAGAGUUUCUCAACGAUGUCAUCAUCGAUUUCUACCUCAAGUAUCUGCUGGUACAGAAGGCACCUCGUGCUUCAGUGAGAAGAUCUCACAUUUUCAGCAGCUUCUUCUACAAACAGCUCACACGGCGUGACAACGCUAACGAAGACAGCACCAGCACACCAGCCCAGCUCAGGAGGCACCAGCGGGUCAGGACAUGGACACGUCAUGUGGACAUAUUUGAGAAGGACUUCCUGUUUGUUCCCGUCAAUCAAGAAGCGCACUGGUACCUAGUAGUUGUGUGUUUCCCCGGACUGGAUGAGCCACAGUACGUGCAGAGAGGAGACCAUGCCUCAGUGCAUGAUGGGAAUGAAAACUCCAGUGAUGCCACGGCUCAGAGUGAAUCUCAGCACGGUGAUGGAGACAUGAACUCAGAUGAAAACUCUUCAAGGUCUAUUUCUGCUCCUGGUCCACCAACCUGCACAGAAAAUACCUGUAAACAACAGACUGUCUGUAAGAGACCCUGCAUUCUCAUUAUGGACUCUCUGAAGCUGUCUGUUCAUGAGCGCAUCUUCAAGCUCCUGCGCGAGUAUCUGCAGGCAGAGUGGGAGGUAAAACGAGGUGGACAUCGAGACUUUAGUGCAGAGUGGAUGGUGGGCUCCCACUGCAGAGUUCCCCUGCAGGACAACAGCAGUGACUGCGGUCUUUAUUUACUGCAGUAUGCCGAAAGCUUUUUACAGGAUCCUGUAGUGCACUUUGACCUUCCACUGAAGCUAGAGUGUUGGUUUCCACGCCAGAAAGUGCGUAAGAAGCGAGAGGAGAUUCGAGAUCUCGUGUUGCACUUGUACCGAUUUCAGCAAGGCUCUCUGGGAAGCGACAGCUCAGAUGAUGGAAAAGAAAUAGGAAAUAUAAUUUAGUAGCAUGGAGCAUUAAGAAGAAUAUACUUAUUUUUCCUUCACUUUAUUUAUCACAAUUUACUUCGUUGUUUUUAGACCUUCUAUGUGUUUUUAUGCUUUUGUACACCUUAACGGCAAAACUGUAAUAAAUUUUACAUCAUGGUGU